AUGACGGAGAACGGUGUAGCUUUGCCAGAGGAGGUGCACAAACUGUUGAAUCAGUUCGUGAUUUCAAGAGAACGUUUGGUCAAGUUGUCAGAGGAUAUUGAGAAUGAGCUUCAGGCUGGUUUACAAGGAAAGAAGGGCACUUCUAUUCCUAUGUUGCCGUCGUAUGUCCCUGCUUUACCUACUGGAGAUGGUACGUUUUUUUGAGUUUUGGAUUUUAGGGAUACUGGGUACUGUGUAGUAGAGAGUUCGUACUGGGCUGUACGGUGUUCGUACUAAAUUUUGAAUAAUGUUGAGUAUCAAUACAACAAAAGCUUCACAAAUUUAAUUUUUCAGAAUCCGGCAAAUACGUAGCUAUCGACUUAAGCGGUAAAAACCUCCGUAUCCUGCUUCUAGUCGCCGAAGGUAAAGGAAAAGAGCCUCAAGUCACAGUAAACAACUACAUUGUGUCAAACUCGAUCAUGAAGGGCACUGGAGAACAACUCUUCAACUUCAUCGUCAACUGUCUUCAGAAGUUUUUGAAGGAAUUCAACUUGGAAUCUGCCAAUCUUCCAAUCGGAUUUGUCUUUUCAUACCCAUGCGAACUGUUAUCCAUUCGAUCAGCCAGACUGUUGUGGUGGACUAAAGGCUUUGAUAUUAAGGAUUGUCUACAACAAGAUGUGGUACAGCUUUUGCAGGAUGCUCUGGAAAUGAAUUUGGUACGUUUUUGGGAUUUUGUUAUCUAAAAAUGAAAAAAUUGUAUUUUUGUGAUUUUGUCACCUAAAUUUUCAAAUUUACAUCAAUUUGUUACCUAAACUUUAAAUUCUACUAAUUUUAAUUCCUAAAACAAAAAAUAAUAUUUUAUCAACCAUAUUCCCUGAAAUCCUAAUUUUCCAGUCGACCAAAGCCAAGAUCAACGCAGUAAUGAACGAUACAGUAGGUCAACUAGCUGCUGCCGCUUACAAAUACGGUGAAGAUUGUGUAGCGGCUGUCGUAAUUGGCUACGGGUGUAAUUCGUCUUACCUUGAGGACACCAGUAGGAUAACAAAGUUCAACGCCAAAGAAGCCGAAUAUAAACACGAGAAGAUGGUUGUGGUGACAGAAUGGGAAGAGUUUGGAAAUAAUGGUGAAAUUGAGGACAUUUUGACAUCUUUCGACAAAGAAGUUGAUGACGCUUCGGUUCACAAGGGAAAACAAUUGUAGGUUGUGUUGUAGUAGCUUAUAUUAGGUGGUUCAAAUGAUUUUGUGCCUCUAACUUCGAAAAUUUGCUUUGACAGCACAGAAUUAUGUGAACAACUUUAAAAAAUUUUUUUUUCAAAUUUUGCAUUUUUAAAAAAUCAAAGAUUUCAGGAUCGACAAGCUGACUGGAGCCCUAUACCUCGGCGAUCUCGUACGUCGUAUCUUGGCCCAACUUUCAGUCGACCGAAUCCUAUUCAAUGGUGCUCCAGUAGAAGCCCUCGACCAAGCUGAUGGAUUCCCAACUAAAUACAUUUCCGAGAUUCUGAGCGAAGAAGAAGGCAGCUACAAGUCGUGUCGAAGAAUCUGCGAUGAAAUCGAAGUUCCCAACCAUGGUACUGACGACUACGAGAUCAUGCGACGUGUAUGCCAUAUUGUGUCGCAGAGAUCUGCUUCUAUUGUUGCUGCGGGUAAGUAAUUGGUUAUAUUGGUAAGAUAGGUGGGAGGGGGAGGGAAAAAUGUUAUUAGGCUGUAGGGAUGAGAAACGAGCCGGGCCUAAACGUUAAGUCCCAGGCCUUGGUCGGGCCUUAAAUUUGCGCCCGGCCCGUUUAUUACUUCUAAUUAGACUAGGAGGUUCAAGGAGAUCUUGUUGUAAACUUUCAAGAAAAAAACUUUGCUGUUUAUUCCACUUAUAAACACAGAUCGUAUUUUACAAAGCCCAAACAAAAACCAACUAACCUUUCCGUUUUCAGCGAUAUCCGCCCUCCUCCGCCACAUCAACCGACCAUCCACGAAGGUGGGCGUCGGCGGUGCUCUAAUCCAAUUCCACCCAACAUACCAUCAACUGCUGGAGGCUCAGUUGAACAAUUUGGCCCCAUUGCACAUCAACUGGGAACUGGUACCGGCCGAUGAGGGCAGUGUGAAAGGAGCUGCGUUAUGUGCUGCUGUAGCCGAGAAUCUGGGUCUGUGA